GACAGCAUACUAACUGCCUCUUAUACCAAGCUUAGGCUAGGAUCAUCCUCAAAAUGUGCCACUACGCUGUCUUGAAUGCACAGAGGAUAUAUCGAAACACAGCAGCGUCAGGCAUGAAUGUCUUGACUGCUACGCCCACCAAAGACAACGACUCUCUGCUGACCGCUCAGAAAGUUGGUCCAGUCCAACGCGGUUGACAUCUGGUCUUGUCGGAAUUCAACAUAUAUGGACAUACCGAUACAGCAUUUCUGCCAACCACUUCAGGCUUGAAUGUCUCAUCAAUCUCAUCUCGCGUUUUCCACUGUGGUUUUUCCAAAUCGGCUGGCUAUGUCGGACGGGAUGUCCGCGACGCAACUUGACCUCAUGUCAGACAGCUGCUUUACCUCUGAUCCUAUCGUCCGAUGUUGCUCCGGCAUAGCUCUUCGUCCCAGUCCCGGUAUCGUGAGUCAUCACGGCUGCUGCAUCGAACCUUGGGGUACACGACUCUGGACUCUGGCCACGCCUUUCAAGCUUGACAAUGACCUUCUCCACUCCUCGCUCUUGCCUGGAACCAAAUUCUUACACAUACCUGUCCGUCCCUACCUCGUCAAACAGGCUUCAAAACGACCGAAUUCGAGAUUUUUGAGUGGGGCUUGGCAUUUUGCUCGCUUGUUAGACGUCAUAUUUGAUGGCAUGCCUGAAUAUCAGAGCACUGACGGUCAAGUGUAUGUUGGGAAAGUCUGUAUAAUUCAUACGCUCUACAUGGAUAUCUGACGGUGUCUGAAAACGUUUGUACAUUUCUACAGUCUUUGGAUUAAUCUUGCCACCAACAACGAGAUGCUUGAUACUCGCGCUCUGUGUGGUAAAACAAGGGCCAUCUCCUCUCUCUCUCAUCUCUUAAGUACGAAAAAGAGCUAUGCAUUUUCAUAGCCCUGUU